CUAUUCAUAACCUGAAGAAAUUCUUUAGUGCAUUUGGCUUAACACUGACCAGUUGGGUCUGCACACUGGUGGCAGUCCUUGUAGUGGCAGUGUUUGUUUCUGUCAUUGGACGGUCUCUUUCUUGGUACACCCAUUUCUAUGUUUCUGUGUUUCUGUAUGGCACUGCAGCUGCAGCUAAGCUCAUUCUAGUGCAUACACUAGCCAAGAAGUUCUUCUACAAGAAUAUGAAUGAGCAGUACCUGGGAGAUAUUUUUUUUGAUGCCUCAUUGAUGAUUUGGUCUAUAGCAUUGGCUGUGAUUACUCAGAUAGGCCUUUGUUCAGCGUUCAUUUGUAUGCUAUGGGUAGUAUUUCCUUUACUUGCUAAGCUGAUGAUCCAUAAAGAAUUCAGUCAAAAAGGUGCCACAGUGAAGUUUAUCAUGAUGUACAUGCUGGGAAUGUUUGUUCCAUAUCUGUAUAUGCUGUAUCUUAGUUGGACUGUAUUUGAAAUGUUUACACCUAUCAUGGGACGAAGUGGUUCAGAAAUUCUACCAGAUGUGGUGUUGGCAGGAUUUAUUGUGGUCAUCACUACAAUUCUGUCAUCCUAUUUUAUUAACUUCAUUUACCUUGUCAAAAGUACAAAAACGACGCUAAUAACUUUAACUACUGUGUUUGUAGUCACUCUGAUUCUCGUUUGUAGUGGAAUCUUCUUUCCUUACAGUUCUGAUGCAGCUAAUCCAAAGCCUAAGCGAGUCUUUCUUCAGCACAUGAGCAGAAGAUUUCAUGAUGUAGAUGGAAAUGUGGUUAAAAGUGACUCUGGUAUAUGGAUUAAUGGAUUUGAUUAUAAUGGAAUGUCUCACAUAACUCCCCAUGUACCUGAAAUCAAUGACACCAUUAGAACUCCAUGUGAGGAGCAGGCUCCUUUCUGUGGCCUUCCUUGGAUUCUGCCAGUGCAUUUCAUGUUCCGGAAAAACUGGUAUCUUCCUGCUCCAGAAAUUUUUCCAAGAAGCCCCAUUCGCUUUAAAGUUCUGUCCAAGGAGCUGAUGCCCUGGAACUCUGUGAGGUUAAGCUUUGAAGUAUCUGGUCCAAGUCACGUGUCUCUGUAUGUUCGGCCACAUGAAGGGUCGGCUCUGUCCACCUGGUCUCUUGGGGAUGGUACACCAGUUGCUAGCUUAGGAGGAGACUACUUUGUGUUUUACUCCCACGGGCUCGAGGCUACACCGUGGCACUUCUGGAUAGAGCUGUCAACCCCAGAAAAACAUUCUGAUGGAAUAGUCUCCCUCGCCAUAGCAGCACAUUACUUUUUUGGAGAAGAUCAAAAGUCACCUCAACUCUAUGCCUUACUGGAGAGGUUUCCAAACUGGACGUUUUCUUCUGGUUGGUCCUGCACUUACGACCUUUUUGUCUUUUAAUAUUGACAGCAAUACAGCACUACUAGGGUAAUCUCUCUGAUGCAGAACGCUGUUGUAGCAAACACAUUCUAACAAGAUGCCAAACACUUUCACAAGAAUUUGAAGUACUUUGGCAACAAAUGGUGUUUCUUUGACAGUUUGACU